AUGGAUACCAACCAGACGGCCGGCUCUGGCUUUUGGAGAUACCUUAUCAAUCCAGACAAGACUGCAACUCAACAGCUUGAAGAAUUAUGUCUAGGACUUGCGAAGAUCAUUUCCACUCUCGAGCCAGGUUCUGACAACGAACUCUCUCCACAACGUCUCGCUGCAUUCUACAGAGCUGUAGGCGGCAACUACGAUUCCCUCUUCCUCAAGCCUUCCGACCUCGCUGUAUCGUUCAUGUAUCAGACGCUCGGGUGUUUCCACAGUCUUCAACCGACCGCUAGCCCCUUCGAGACACCAAGGAUCCCAUGCCUGACUCCGAAAGGAUUUGCCCGUUGGCAGACGAUCCAGAUCCUUUUGUGCCCGGAAGAGAAUGUCGAGUUUAUACAGAAAGCAGUACAGAUAUGGAAUGUUCCAAUGCCCAAUGGCGGCAUAUUCCCAAAAUACAUUCCGAAGGAGGUCUUUCCCAGUAGACCGGACGAGGCAAUGGAAGAAUGGCACAGGAUGGUAACUGGCAAAUUGAACCAGAAACAUUACAUGCAACGACUCAAGAACUCACCAUAUCAAUCUCCACACCCGGAUGCUUAUGAACGAAGGGACGGCUAUUUCUCGAAUGGACAUAUGGGAGGACCCUCUCGGCUCGCCCCAAACAACACUCGAGCAGAUCAAACUCGCCUAGCGGAUUCAUAUCACCGCCGGAGCAGCGUCCCAGACUUCCCAUCUCCUCCAUCUGGCGAGAGAUAUUCGCAUUGGGAUCCGCGAAAUGGGCCGGAAGCACGCAAGACGCGAAGUCAUUCCGCCCAAAGGCCGCCUUCGCAGCCGACUCGGGAACGAUCACAUACAACAUCAGGACCACCACCAAGUCACUUUCACGGAAGCUCCGGCAACAGUCCCCCAAGCGGGAUCAGAGGCGGAGGGUCUACGGACAGAUCACGGCGACGGUCCUCAGGAUAUAAUAACACACAUUAUCGCUCACCAGCGCGUACCCCUUCGACAGUGGAUGAAGACAGCGGCAGCGAAGCCAGCUCAGAGACAUCUCAAAAAGACCAUCGCCACCGUGCAUCCGACGAAGACCCCAAACCCCGUCGGUCAUCGUUGUGGAUGCCCUCAUUUAUGAGGUCGCACAAACGCCGUCAUUCGUCUGAUGCGAGUUAUCGCGCACCGGGCCCUCCACCUCCGCAACCCUUGCGGCCCGAGUACUACCCACCUCGUACCGUCAAUCCUCCAUUACACAUGCAGCAGCCGCCCUAUCGAGGUGGCAGUGCUCCGCAAUGGCGCGAACCUGUGUGGGAUAGUGAUCCAACCGUAUCCGCUCCUGGAACCCCAGUACAAGCGAACGCUCAACCGGAUCCGCGCGCAGCACCAUCCAUACGAUAUCCCGACCAGGCCAACUUCGAGCCGUUGACAAGGGAAAGCAGAGUUCUGCACAGAGACGGCAACCAGCACCGAGCGCCAUACCUUCCAGAAUGGCAACCUUGUCAGGGGUACAUGGAAGAAGGUAUCCCACCCCCAGUGGCGAGCCUAUGA